AUGGAGCCUACAAUGGAAAAGUUAGAUAUUCAUUCAACUCCUCAAGCUUUUGAGGAUUACUUUGAAAUGUUCGAAAUCUGGAGCAUGACCAAGAAAGAUGUUAAAGGUGAUAAAAUUGUGGCACAUUUUUUGACAUUCAUUGGGAGAGAAGCGUACAGCUUAUUAAAAACUUUGGCAUAUCCAGAAAAACCUAUCUCACUCCCUUAUGCAAUUCUUAAAGAGCUAUUAUUAAGUCAUGUAAAAUGCACCAGUUUUGAAUGCCGUGAAUGGACGAAGUUUCAUAAGAUGGUUUGUCGAAAUGACCAAAAGGCUCGGGAAUUCAUCCUUGAAUUACAGAAACAAGCUGCCAAGUGUAAUUUCGGCUAUCAACUUCAUGUGCAACUGAGAGAUCGAAUAAUUGCAGGAAUUAACAUACCGAGUUUGGAAAGAAAGCUGUUAAAAAUGCCGAACUGUUCCUUUCAAGAUGCUAGAACUGCAUGUAUUAACUACGAAGCAGUCAAUGAACUCGAUAUCCAGUCGAUGAAGAUUUCUAAUACUUUGCUUAGUCGUCGUGAUGAACUACAAUCUCAGGGUCAAUCAAACUUGCGUUCAUUUAACAGUGAUUCCUAUUCUCGUGUAAAUAUGAAAGGUGUUUCAACGAGGAAUUACAAAGCAAAUCACAAAGGUGAGAUAAAGUUUGGUAAAUGUUUAUCAUGUGGAAAGUUUCAUGCUCGCAAUCCAUGUGUAUUUCGUAAUGCUGAAUGUUUUAAAUAUGGUAAGGUAGGACACAUUCAGUCAGUAUGCAAAGCUAUUGUCCAUUUUGCUUCAAGCUGUACUAAAUCUUGUAAUUUAAAUUUCAAUAAUUCGGAUGUUUCUAGUGAUCAUUUGUCUUUGUCUACUAUUUCGAAAGGUAAUGCUCAUAUUCAAAAACGACUAUAUACAUCGCUUGGUUCAUUUCAUGACUUUAUUCUGGACACAGGCAGUAUAGAGUCCAUUAUUUCAUCCAAGAACUUGAAAGCUUUAGAUCCUAACGUUGUUGUACGACCCACUGAAGUAUCAAUACUGGGGAUUACUGGACACAGACUGCCCAUACGAGGAUGUUGUGAAUUGCUAAUCAGAGAUGAUAAUUCUUCAUACAUAUCUUGUGAAUUUUUAGUUAGCGAAACAGGACUGUCAAUAUUGGGUUUAAAGAAUUGGAAAAGGCUUAAGGUGGAGUUGUCCUUCUUAGUUCCUAAAGAAAAUUCUGAUACUUUACUUAAAGAUUUGAUAGCUAUGUCUGCUAAGUGCAGUGGAGGCAUAAUUGAACCAAUUCAGUCUUCAGCAUGGGGUACUCCUAUCGUUACGCCACUGAAAUCGGACGGCAAAACCCCUAGAAUAUGUGGUGACUAUAGAUUAACUCUGAAUUCCCAUUUGUUGAAGCAAACGUUCACGACGGUAGAAGCUGAAGAUAUUCUAAAUCGACUUCAUGGUUCUAAAGUGUUCUCGAAAGUUGACCUAAAAGAUGCUUAUCUUCAAAUUCCUUUAGAUCAAUCUUCAUCUAUUUUGACGACAAUUAACACUCCUUUUGGUCUGUUCAAAUACAAUUUCCUUCCAUUUGGUCUAAGUUGUUCUCCAGCCAUAUUUCAGGAAGUUAUGAAUAAAGUAGUUAGUGAUCUUGAAAGUGUUGAAGUUUAUCAAGAUGAUCUCAUUGUUCAUGGUUCUGAUAAGGUAGUUCAUGACGAGAGACGUAUUGCUUUAUUACGUCGUUUAAUUGAGAAGAAUAUUACAGUGAAUCCAAAUAAGUGUUCAUUUUGUGUAUCUAGUUUUGAAUGCCUUGGAUAA